GUCCUGCCCACAGCUGAAGCAUGAGUGACCUCGAGGUGGCCUCCCCAGGGCUGAGCUGGGCUGCCAGCUCCCCCAGCACCAACUCCUCCCUGGCCUCAGCUGAGCAGUGCGGCCAGGAGACACCACUGGAGAAUGUGCUUUUCGCCUCCUUCUACCUCGUGGAUUUCAUCCUGGCAUUCGUUGGCAACGCCCUGGCCUUGUGGCUUUUCAUCCGGGACCACAAAUCCAGCACACCUGCUAAUGUGUUCCUGAUGCACUUGGCAGUGGCCGACCUGUCCUGCGUGCUUGUCCUGCCCAUGCGCCUUGUCUACCACUUCUCCGGGAACCAUUGGCCUUUUGGCGAGAUCCCCUGCCGCCUCACCGGCUUCCUCUUCUAUCUCAACAUGUAUGCCAGCAUCUACUUCCUCACCUGCAUCAGUGCUGACCGCUUCCUGGCCAUCGUGCAUCCAGUCAAGUCCCUGAAGCUCCGCAGACCCUUGUACGCCCACCUGGCCUGCGCCUUCCUGUGGGUGGUGGUGGCUGUGGCUAUGGCCCCUCUGCUGGUGAGCCCACAGACGGUGCAGAACAACCACACGGUGGUCUGCCUGCAGCUGUACAGGGAGAAGGCCUCCCGGCAUGCCUUAGUGUCCCUGGCCAUAGCCUUCACCUUCCCGUUUGUCACCACGGUUACUUGCUACCUGCUGAUCAUCCGUGCUCUGAGGCAGGGCCCUCGCAUGGAAAAGCGGCUCAAGAACAAGGCUGUACGUAUGAUUGCACUGGUGCUGGGCAUCUUCCUGGUCUGCUUUGUGCCCUACCAUGUGCACCGUUCUGUCUAUGUGCUGCACUACCACAGCGGGGGCACCUCGUGCUCGGCACAGCACCUGCUGGCCCUGGGGAACCGCAUCACUGCCUGCCUCACCAGCCUCAAUGGGGCGCUUGACCCCAUCAUGUAUUUCUUCGUGGCUGAGAAAUUCCGAGACGCCCUGUGUAACCUGCUCUGUCAUCGCAAGAGGCUCUUGGGCCUGCCACCCAGCUUUGAAGGGAAGACCAACGAGAGCUCUCUAAGUGCCAGGUCAGAGCUGUGAGCCUGGGAGCCCACCCAGACCUGCUGUGGGCAUUCUCAGAAUGAUGCCCCUGUGCCACCCAGACAGAUUGUCCAAGGAGAUGUCCAUGUUCCCUCCCUGUAGCAACUCCUGAACAAAUUCUCUCUCUGAGAGACUGGGACUUGCUGCCUGUCUGGUCUUGGGCUCUGUUUCAUCAGCUGGACACAUAACCUAAAAAGGGAGACUCACUAGCUAGUCAGCUGGCCCCUCUGCAGACUGUGAUGUUUUGCUCACUUACUGCCUGGAGAUAUUCAAUGACUUCACCCUGGAGGGGGGAGGGGGUAGAGGAACAAUUCCUGAACAGUGAGUGUCUUUCUUCCCUGAGUGGCCCUGCCUGCAGGCUCCCAGCUUCUUCCCUACUCCAGAAACACACACCAGUGAAAUGCUGUAGAAAGAACCCCCAAAAGACCACCCCCCUUGAGCAGAAAGGAUACAGGAAGCUUAGUGGAAGGGGAGGGAAGAGGGUCUAAACAUCUCCUUUGAAAGACAAGGCAUUUCAAGUUCUCAGUGAUGUCUCUGUUUGAUGAUCUCUGCAUUUAGAGGACAUGGGCUCUAGAUUAUAGCUGAGCACUCUAUUUUAAGUUCAUCACCAAGUGAUAGCCAGCAGCAAACAGGGCCAGGAGAGGCAAGCCAGCUGGGAGUUGGCUUCUCCGGCCCUCCUGCUGUCAGUCCACCUAGGUCUGACUGACCCCACAGU